AUGCGUUUGAAUAAAGUUUAUGGGACGAAAAAUGGUGGAGAUUUCUCGUUUCAGGUGGGUACUGAAGACGUUCUUCGUUGGUCCCCUGUCGUUUGGUUACUAGGCGUUUGUGUAGCCGGUACAUUCAUGAAUUUGAUAUUCUACUGUCAGAAGAAAUAUCGAGAACGAAAGAGACGACAGCAAGAUCAACAGGACCUACUGUAUUCGCUGGCGAUUCCAAGAUCGUAUCCGUGUUUGGCACCACCUCCUCAUCUGGAUUGUUGUCGAUCAUCUCAGAUCUCCAUUCCUAAUCGUGGCCUACCAUCCUAUGAGGAUGUUGUUACACAUAAGUUCGAAGUGAGCUUUAUAUUCAUGAUUUCAGAGAUUUCAUUUCUCAUUGUAAAGGUCAGACGUGCAUCCAAUCACCUCCAAACGAUGCUUAAUGAAGUUGAAUCUAUGGCCCGUCCCUCAAGUACUGAUCACCGCCGAGAGCUUUACAUUUAUAUUUCGUAUACUAUAGAAAAUAUGUGA